AUGUCUAACAGACAAGCGGUUGUCUUCCUCCACCACCUUAGCCUCCCUGACGUCCUUCCAUAUCGCUCCCUGAAGUUCAAGUCCGACUCGGAUAGUAUUGAUAUUGGCCGAGCAUCCAAACGUGAGAAUAAGAAUCUCGCUCCCGCUCGUAACAACGGCCUGUUUGACUCUCGAGUCAUGUCCCGGACACACGCAACAAUCCAUGUGUCCCUAGAAGACAAAGUUGUCUAUAUUCGGGACCCUGGCUCUAUGCAUGGAACCUGGCUAAAUCGAGACAAAAUACCUGUUGGAGAGGAUGUCGCCCUUUCAAGCGGUGAUGUCCUAACGUUUGGAGUAGAGGUUGUUCGGGGAACUGAUACGUUCCCACCACUAGCCGUUCGUUGCGAAUGCCAGUGGCAGGAAAACCUGUAUGUUGACCACCAACAAGCUCAUACUGAACUCUCUAACCCAGAGAAUAGCGAUGCGGAUACGCAGAAGUCAGUCCAGAUGAGCAACACUUUCUGUGUGCCUGAAGAUGAUGAUGACAUGGAAAUAACCGCUCAUCAUCCUGUUCCACCAAUAUCUACCCUCGACCGUAGCUCUGAGUCAAACGAAUCCGCUGGUGGCUCGGACUCAGAAGACAGUCGGUCUGUAGUAGUUGUAUCGUCUGCAAUGACCUCCCCACUGAAGAAUGAUGCUGCAAAGGACAUUAAGCCUCAAGAUCCAUCGGCCCUGACUCACAAUGACAAAGUGCAAGCAUCAUGCCAAAGCCCCCUCGCUUUUACAGUUGCCCCAUCUGGACAGCCUCUUGCUACUCCUAGAAUGACACCUCCCUUAGUCGAAUGUGACUCAGGAGAUGAAAAUGGAGAGGCUCAAUACUAUGACGAAUAUUUUGCUCGCAGCUCUGACGAUGGUUCCAUUAUGGAAUCUGAGAAUUGGGAAGUGGACGAAGAUGAGGGCGAUGGAGAGCAAGAUGCUGUGGAUGACUUUACACCUAAACUGGCUGAACAUGAUGCGCAGGUCCCAGAGCGGAGUACGGACGCUCCUGUUAUUUCAGAGACAACCGAGACCAUUCAAGACAAAGUCGAUGGGCCCAUGGUCGACGCCAGUCCUCAAAAGGAUUGUGAGGACAUAUCUCACUUUGAGAACUCCGAGCGAAACUCCAUUAAAGAUGGCCCUGAGCACAUGUCAGAUUCCUUUUUAGCCGAAAUCUCCACUGACGAUAAUCGUACCACGGCCGGCAAGAUUCCAACUUUGGACUCUCAACCUUUGGAACAGCCAAUGCAUUCCGAGGCUUCAUUACCAGCAAUGCUGCCACCUUUACGUUGGCCACUGCCUCCUAAGCCUCUGCCAAGCGCGGGAUUCCCCCCGCAGCCCAGUGGAAAGCUUUUUGACCCCUCGCUAACCCCUUUCCCAACCAACACCUACUCGUCAAUGUCAACAGAGCAAAUACACCGACUUCCAAGAUAUAGUUCGGCAUACGAUCUUAUGCUUGUUUCAGAACCUUGUGUUCCACUUGCACCUUAUACCGAUGGUCCUUUCGCCAACAGCCAACCGGGUCUCGGUCCCCCUGCUAUGACUACUUGUCAGCAUCCACUUGCACCUUACACCGAUGGUCCUUUCGCCAACAGCCAACCGGGUCUCGGCCCCCCUGCUAUGACUACUUGUCAACAAAACACGACCUUGAAAGUUCCCUCCAUGCGUUUUGUAGAUCCUAUAAAACAGACAGUCCGACAAUCCUGCAACGCGUUGGCUAGAAAACCCACAUCUCUACUAGCAUCGAGGGGCAAGGAAAGACUCGAGUCGACUUCACUGAAGAGAAAAGCAGCGGAGAUAGAAUCAGAACCGACUAUCACUGCUCAAUCAGUAGACCGCGACUAUCACCGUACUAUUGAUUCUUCCUUGAAUAUUGACGAUUUCCCGGAAUCUUUCAAAGAAGAAACGUGCCUCCCAGAUGCACAACCCCACAGCCUAGCGGCCAUCCUUAACUCUGACUCGCAGCUCACCACUAUAAGCCUCCCCAAUAGCUCUAAGACGGAUGAGAGACCAUCGAAACGAGCAAAGACAUCGAAUAAGGGCAGCCUAAAAAGCCAUGCUGCGACUGCUGUCAUUGGUGCUGUGGUGGGUGCGAUUGGGACUAUCGCAGCCUUGGCUUCGCUUCCUCCUGAUUACUUCGUUUAG